UCCCUCUCUCUCUCUCUCUCUGUUUCACAAGCUCACUCUGCUGUCGUAGAAGCUUCAGGCUGCACACGCUCAGUGGCUCCUUCUCUCUGUGUGUCUGUCCUGCUGUUUCUGUCAGCAUUUCAGGAUCAGAGACUGACUCUUCUGCACUGUUCUCUGCAUGACUGUCACAAAGAUGUCAUGGAGGCCUACCUACCGGAGCUCCAAGUUUCGAAACGUCUAUGGCAAAGUGGCCAACCGAGAGCACUGCUUCGAGGGCAUCCCGAUCACAAAGAACGUCCAUGACAACCACUUCUGUGCGGUCAACGCCAAGUUCCUCGCCAUAGUGACGGAAAGCGCGGGAGGAGGAUCUUUCGUUGUAAUCCCGGUCACUCAGUUUGGCCGUAUCGACCCUCACUAUCCAAAGGUCUGUGGUCACCAAGGAAAUGUGCUGGAUAUCAAAUGGAAUCCUUUCCAUGACAACAUAAUCGCAUCUUGUUCAGAGGAUUCUUCUGUGCGAAUAUGGGAGAUUCCUGACGGUGGACUGAGAAGGAGUUUAACAGAGUCUGUAUUAGAACUUUAUGGCCACAGCAGGCGUGUGGGGCUCAUCGAGUGGCAUCCAACCACUAGCGGGAUUCUCUUUAGCGCUGGAUAUGACUACAAGAUCCUGAUUUGGAAUCUUGAGAUUGGAGAGCCAGUGAAAAUGAUCGACUGCCACUCAGAUGUGAUUCUGUGUAUGUCAUUUAACACAGAGGGCAGUCUGCUGGCCACCAGCUGCAAAGACAAGAAGCUCCGCGUCAUUGAGCCACGCACAGGCAGCGUCCUGCAGGAGGCCAACUUUAAAAACCACAAAGUGAAUCGUGUUGUGUUCCUAGGCAACAUGAAACGACUCCUAACGACAGGUGUGUCUCGCUGGAACACACGCCAGAUUGCUCUCUGGGACCAGGAGGAUCUGUCCAUGCCAAUCAUUGAAGAGGAGAUUGAUGGUCUUUCUGGACUGCUUUUCCCUUUCUAUGAUGCAGACACACACAUGUUGUACUUAGCAGGCAAGGGUGAUGGGAAUAUCCGGUACUAUGAGGUCACACUGGAGAAACCCUACCUGCAGUACCUCAUGGAGUUCAGGUCCCCUGCGCCACAAAAAGGCCUUGGAGUGAUGCCGAAGCAUGGACUGGAUGUAGGAGCAUGUGAAGUCUUCAGGUUUUAUAAGUUGGUGACUCUAAAGGGCCUGAUUGAGCCCAUCUCUAUGAUCGUGCCUAGAAGGUCGGAGACGUAUCAGGAGGACAUUUACCCCAUGACUCCUGGGACGGAACCGUCUCUGUCUGCUGAUGAGUGGCUCAGUGGCAUCAACCGAGGCCCCGUUCUCAUGUCCUUAAAAGAGGGCUACAACAGACCCAACAAGCUGGUGUUCAAGGCACCCGUGAAGGAGAAGAAGGGUGGAGUGGUCAAUGGCAUUGACCUGCUAGAAAACGUGCCUCCCCGUACAGAGAAUGAGCUCUUGCGGAUGUUCUUCAGACAGCAGGAGGAGUUGCGUCGACUGAAGGAUGAACUCACACAGAAGGACAUUAAGAUUCGACAGCUGGAGCUGGAGCUCAAUAACAUCAGGAACAGCCCGAACAUCAACAACAACAAUAACAACAACAACAGCAAUGGUAGCAGCAUUUGACACAGAACUGUUGAUCUCCUAAUGUGACACACUACAAGCUCCAAACACAGCUGAAACACACGGGCUUCCUUUUUCUUAACACUCAAAUAUCCUUCCUUCAAGACCGCAGGAGAGCCAGCGCUUGUCUUCAUAAAGCAGUGUUUUAAUCUGACCGCAGUGUUGACCCCACAGCUGCUGUGUGCUAAGUUGACUUUACUGGAGCGAUGAUUCACUCACCGGGUGAAAAAUCUCCCAUCACAUGACCUUCAGUCACACUACGGGUCAACCUGAAGUGGUUUUGGUACAAGCUAUCUGUUGCAUUUUCAUCUCAUAAAUUGUAGACAUUACUAGAUUGAAGUAUUAGAACUAUUUAUUAUUUUCCCUUUUUACGCUACUUCUAAAUAUCUUAAUGACCCCAUAUAGAGAUAAAAAGUAAGACGUGCUUCACCCAUUCAGCUGUUAUCUCUUGUAAACAUUAGGUCUAUUGCAUCAUUAUGAUAUGACCCACAGUGCUGUUUUAAAGGGACAGUUUACCCAGCAAUGCUUGUUCCAAAUUAGUUUAAAUAUUUUUAAUUCUGCUCAACACAAAAAAAGAAGUAUGCUCAGCAGGUACCUUGAUGUCAAAACGACAUCAAAAACACAUCAGAAAUGUCAAUUGACUACCUUAAUGUCAAAGCGACAUCAAAUUGGUAUCUAAAAUUGGUGUCAAAACCAGACCUAAAUCUAUUACAGGACUGUCAUGUAGUCCAUUUUUCAUCAUGUUUUUUUGACGGCAGUGUUAGAUGUCAAUUUGAUGUUGUUUAGACAUCAAUUUACUUUUAAUACAUUGUAUGUAUACACAAUUAAGUGUAAAUUUGUUGUUUGAAAUUGAAGCUUUUAGAUUAAUUAUAGUUUUCUUAUAUUAAACUUUUAGCGUCAUUGUUUUGGUGGUCAAAAUGGAAUCAAUGUGUGGAUGUCAAUUAGAUGUCAAGGUUUUGACGUCAAAUCAUCCAUUUAUUCAUUCAUUUUCUUUUCGGCUUAGUCCCGUUAUUAGUCAGGGGUCGCUUCAGCGGAAUGAACUACCAACUUAUCCAGCAUAUGUUUUACGCAGCGGAUGCCCUUCCAGCUGCAACCCAUCACUGGGAAACACCCAAACACUCUCAUUCGCACACGUACACUAUGGCCAAUUUAGCUGUUAGCUGGCAAAUUCAUGUCUUUGGACUU